AGUGCGUGAACGCGCGCCGCAGUUCUGAUCGGCGCGCGGAACAUGAUGAUGAGAGCGUGACCUCACCGCUUUCUGCACAGCUGCUGGAGAGAGGGGGGAGACACAGAGAAACAGAGCAAGCAACAGAAACACGUUGAGGGAGGCAGAGAGAAGGUACAGGGGAGAACAUUCACAACGCUGGGGUAGCUACGCUGAGCGCGCGGGGACUCUGUCGCGGGUCGUCCGUUGGCUGCUUCCCGCUGGUCCGCCUCCCAGAAUGUUCUGUGCCCCCGGUUCAUUUCUACGGUACACGAACCAGUCGCCGCGGCUUCCCCACGGACACUGAAGCCCAGAUGCUCACCCUCUCCGCCGACAUGGACGAGUCUUCGUCUCUGCUGGAUCUACUGGAGUGCUCGGUGUGCCUGGAGCGCCUGGACACCACGGCCAGGGUGCUGCCGUGCCAGCAUACCUUCUGCCGCCGCUGCCUCGAAAACAUUGUCAGCUCCCGGAACGAGCUCCGCUGCCCGGAGUGCCGCAUCCUGGUGGACUGCGGGGUGGACGACCUGCCGGCUAACAUCCUUCUGGUUCGCCUCCUGGACGGUAUUAAGCAGCGGCCCCAGCGAGGGAGCGGAGGAGGAGUAGGCGGCAGGCAGUCCCUGACUGGGGGCUCGCUGCAGGGCUACGCAGCCGGGAUAUCCGCUUCUCCCCCGGGCAGUGCCAUCAGAGAGCUGCCCGUAGCCAUCAGGAGCUCCCCUGUGAAGAAUAUCCCAGCGCUGCCUUGCGGUAAAGCCCUCUACUCCUACGAAGGAAAAGAACCAGGCGAUCUCCAAUUUUCCAAGGGUGACAUCAUCAUCCUGCGACGCAAGGUGGAUGACAACUGGUACCAUGGCGAGCUCAAUGGUUGCCAUGGUUUCUUGCCUGCUAGUUACAUCCAGUUGCUGCGUCCCCUGAGCCAAACUCCUCCCCAGGGCAAAGCACUGUACGACUUUGAGGUCAAAGAUAAAGACCAGGAUAAAGACUGUCUGGCCUUCAGCAAGGAUGAGGUACUGACAGUAAUCAGGCGAGUGGACGACAACUGGGCAGAAGGCAUGCUGGGAGACAAGAUUGGUAUCUUCCCCAUUCUCUAUGUGGAGUUAAAUGAAACAGCCAAGCAGUUGAUGGAGAUCGACAAGCCCACGCCAACUAACGUUCCAGGUCCGAGCUCUGAGCCGACCCCGUUGGGCCCCUGCUCACCUGGUCCCUCCCCCAGUGCCUCCCCGUCCAAUGGAAAUGGCUCUGGUCAUAGAAGAGGUGAAGGGAAGAAAAACGCCAAGAAAAGGCAUUCAUUCUCUGCGCUGUCUGUCAGCCAGAGGGCCGCCCAGCUCAACAACAGACACAGUAUGGAGAUCUCCCACCCAGUCCUCAUCAGCUCCUCUGACCCCAGAGCUGCUGCACGCAUCCAGGAUGCAUCUCACCCGGGUGCCUCUCCUUCCUCGGCAGGGGUGCUGGUUCCUCCCAAAGUGGCAUCCAUAACCUCUGAGCUGCUGGCCCAUGCCAAGGUGCAGCUGCCACUCAACAUAUAUCUGGCUUUAUACGCCUACAAGCCCCAGAAGGCUGAUGAACUGGAACUCAGGAAAGGGGAGAUGUAUCGGGUGACAGAGAAGUGUCAAGACGGGUGGUUCAAAGGCACCUCACUGAGAACCGCUGCCUCUGGUGUCUUCCCAGGAAACUAUGUCACUCCCGUGUCCAGGGCCCCGUUUGGAGUUGGUGCUUCUCGGGGCUCGUCUUUGUCCAGUCCAGUUGGUGGAGGAGGAGGAGGAGGAGGAAGUGGGUGUAGUAAAAUCUCCGCCCCUUCGUCUCCAGGGUCCCCAGGGUCGCCGGGGCCCUCUUCGUCCCGUCCCUCAACCCCACUAGCAAACUCUGUUAACACUGCAAGUCCCGCCUCCUCUCCACAAACUGCCGCUGCCCAGCUGAAGAACUGCCUGCGCUCCAAUCAGCAUACAGUUAACCAGGCACGCACCUCCAUGCAGCUGGUCCACAGUCCUCCUGCUGGAAGCCCAGAGCGCUCCACAGUGGCCCUCUCCCCUCUGCGUCCUCAGAGUUCCUCCCCCUCACGCUGCCCCGGCCAGUCGGGUCGUCCUCUCUCCAUGGUGUCUCCAGGACCCAGCUUAGGGCCCUCACCCCUCUCUUCCCCUGCCUCGAGGCCGCUCCUCCCCCUCUCCUCCCCUCUCUCCUGCCUCACGCCUCCCAACGUGUCAGCGGUGCUUCUCAACGGGGACCCGGCCAGUCCCUUGCAGACACCAUCAUCGGGAAACUCCCACACCCCCACCCAGGGCGUCCUCGCACCCAAAGCAGAGAAGAAGGAGAGGAAAGCUGGAGGUUUAUUAAAGCUCUUGUCAGGUGCGGCAGCCAAAAGGAAACCUCGCUCACCUCCCUCCUCCCCGCCCACCCACGACCCCUCACUAUCUGGCCAAGGCGCCGUGGCCACCGACCCUGCCCACCGUCCUCACCACCAUCACCACCACGCCCGCUCAGGUUCCUGUCCAAUGGCAUCGCAGGGACGGGCCGGCUCUUGUCCAAUCGAGAGUGAGAUGGGGGGGGCCAUUGGACUGGAGCCUCUGCACAGGAAGUCUGGCUCCCUGGACACCAACUUCCCCAUGUCGCCCCCCGCAACGCGCGCUAGCAACGCUCUGAUGGUCCUCCGGCCUGAACCCAAACCCCUGUCCAGAGAGAGGUAUCGGGUGGUGGUGCCCUACCCGCCCCAGAGUGAGGCAGAGAUCGAGCUGCGGGAAGGCGACGUAGUGUUUGUGCACAAGAAGAGGGAGGACGGCUGGUACAAAGGCACCCUGCAGAGGACGGGACAGACGGGCCUAUUUCCCAGCAGCUUCGUCGAGAGCUUCUGAAAUGGAAAAAGUGGACAAAAGAACAAAUGACUGUUCCUGUUUCUGAGUUACAAAACACAACCACACACGCAAGAUUUACAGCUACAUACACAUGAAGAAUGGACUGAAAUUAGUUUCUAAGAAUUAUACUUUUGGAUUGAAGACGGACGCUGCAAAAAGAAACUUGCUUUCAUGAUAGUCAGAAUGCUUUCUCUGGUAGAAUCUAUCAAAAAACACAGAUAUAAUCAAAUUUAAACCUAAUAAAUACUGGCACAAAACAUCGAUAAUAGAAAAUGUCUUCAGAAGCCCAUAUCAGUCCAACUAAUUCACACACACACACACGAACACACACACAUACACACAGGAAAGCUAGCCCCAGCUUUGACCAGCCACACAGGAAGCAGGGCAACUUUUGCCGUUGCUCACCCGGUGACCGUGUUGGAUCAGACUCUCCGUAGUCUGGACCUGUGAUGUUGACUACUGAAGACACACAGACUCAAAGAGCACAGAAAGACAAACCCUGCCUCCCAGUUCUUCUCCUUGGCACCUCCACCAGCAAACCCUAGCACAAAAAGCAUUAACUUUGCUUUUCUCUGAGACCUCAGAACUUAAAUUCGGGUGCUUUCUUAGUUUGAAAAGAGCAGAUUUGUAAACACAUCUCCGUGUCUAGUUUGUGACAACAAGCCCAUAUGUUACUUACCAACCCAAUAUACGUUUAUAACAAUGCAUGUAGCAUUAUUAAGUUGUUUCUAUAUAUGUUGAAAUAGAUGUUUGUGUUGUCCCAAACUAGUCAUGCUGUGAUGAUCUGUCACAAAACAAAAGGUGCAAAAAGUAAAACAUGACUAAGGUAAAUCAUUCUUCUAUUUAUAUCUCUUACAUACAUUUAUACAGCCAUUUGUUUGUUUUUUGAAUUUGUCCUUUAUAGACCCCCCACAACUGGGUUAAAGUGAAUAAAGUGGCUUGCUGAAUGUAGGAAACAUAAAGGUUACGCCAAAACUCUUUAAACUAUUUAAACUCAUUUGUUUUUGGAUCUUUUAAGUGGGAUUAUAGAGGCAAACAACACACUUGGUAAUGUUCUACACAAUUUGCCAACAUGUCUACGUAUACAGUAUUUUACACUCAGUUAUUAUUUAUUUGACAAACGGGAUUCCGUUGCUACUUCACAUCCUUUUAACCAUGAAAGAAUAUAGUCAGUAAUGCAGAGAUCAGAAAAAAAAUAUUCUUGCUAACAAUAAUCCCUCUUCCUCAGCCUUUUCUGAGAUACUGUCGAGAGUUUGUGUCUGACUGCAGCAAUAUUGUGAAACCAAAUAUGUGUGGAUUCGAUGCUCACGGGAGACGGGGGGAGGGGAAAACACCUGAAAUCAGAAGGCAGGGACGCAAGAUUCUCAUCACACGACUGCCAACCUUUGACAACAACUUUUCCUCUGAUUUUAUCAACAUCUAACAAGUAUUUUUGUACGGCUUCAGUGAGUGUACAGUCAGUCUGCUUUGUGAAUUUCUACGUCCUGAGUGUGUGAAAUCCAGGCUUGUAUAGUUUACAUCCAGCCGCAACCAUCUACCUUGUUUCCCUGUUUCUGGUGAUAGAAGCACAGCGAAACUCAGAGCUUGACUCGCUAACUGUGUGUGUGUGUGUGUGUGUGUGUGUGUGUGUGUGUGUGUGUGUGUGUAUGUGUGUGUGCGAGGGAACGGGGCCUCUGUAUGUAGCUCUUUACAUAAAAAAGUAACUUUAUGAAAAGGCUUGGUGCGGCGUGGACGCUCACGCCUCAUCAGGACUGUUUGGGGUUGAAAUACAGCAGUUAAGCGAGGGGGAAAGAAAGAAAGUAUAUAUAUUAUUCUAUAUUGUGCAGAAUAUUUAUAGGCCUUUUUGUGCCAUUGAAGUCAUGCUCUGCGCUGGCCAUGCAGCGCUCUCUACCAUGUGAUCAUUAUACAUUGUCUUGUACCAAUGGCCCGUGGUUGAUUUGAUUGUUUUUCAUGUCAAGUGCAUUUCUCGCAAUAAAUGCCUUUGUUUUAAAA